UAAAAACUGGGGCAGCUGGGAGGAACCUGAUAUUCCAGAAAUACAUAAAAAGGGAAAAAGCAAAACUUGAACCGGAUUCAUAGGGUAAACGAACCGGGUUGGUUUGCAGAGCAGACAGGUUAAAUUAAACAGUGAAAAUACUUGCCCGCCCCUAUAAAACAGGUGUGGCGCCCUACUCUUCCCUGCGUUAGCUUCACAUCUUUUGGUGGCAACUGUUGCUGGAAAAACGGGAAAUUGUUCAGAGACAUGGGAAAGUUGAAAGAGAAACGGGAGGAGAAGAAGGAGAAGAAGCAGAAGAAGAGUAAGAAGGCUAAGAAGACUAAUAUCGAGCUUCUCCGAAAGGAAGUAAUGUUAAAGAACGAGGAAAAAGGGAGUGAAAAUAUCAAAUCCACAGGAAAGAAGAAGAGGAGAAGGGAGAAGGAAAAUAAUGUUGAUGCUGGCAUAGCUGUUCAAUUCAAUAAAGAUAACCUAAUUAAAGUAGAAGGAGAAAAGGAAAAACCAAGGAAAAAGAAAAGAAAAGGUGAGAAAAAUAAUGCUUUGGUUGGAAAAUCUGAUCAGCAAGAUGGUUAUGCAGAACAAAAUGAUGAUGGGGCAGCAGGCCAGAGCUUAGUUAAAACUCAAGGCAGUAUUAAUAAUUCCAAAGGGCAGAGUGAAGCUGUUAUUGGAGAAGAUAUUAGAACUCAUAAAUCCAAGAAAUCUUACAGGAAGAAAAAGGAGCAUCACAAAUUAAGGAAGAGUGAGACCAUUCCGGAGAAGAUAGAUGAGUCUGUUCAUGAUGGGGUUUAUUACAUUUCUUCAGGGGAAGAGGACAGCUCAAAAGGAAUGAGAAAAUGGCUUAUGGAAUACCAUCAAAGUAGACCAGGUUUGAAGGUGUUGCAACAAAGGAUAGAUCAGUUUGUAACUGCUCAUGAGGAAAAACUUGAACAGGAAAGAAAAGAAAGAGAAGCCCGUGCUGCAGAAGAUGGGUGGACAGUUGUUGUGCACCAUAAAGGAAGGAAGAAGACAACUGAUUCUCAAAGUGGAAUUACUGUGGGUUCUGUGGCCCCAGCUGUUGCAGAGAGCCAGCUGACCAAGAAGAAACGCAAAGAAGUUGGACCAGACUUCUAUCGGUUUCAAAAAAGAGAAGCUCAGAGGAAUGAAAUUUUGGCACUCCGAAGCAAAUUUGAGGAGGAUAGAAAACGGAUUCAGCAAUUGAGAGCUGCCAGAAAGUUUCGACCUUACUGAAUGCUGCUGAAGCUAUGUGAAGAAUGAUCCAAAGCUGAAACUUCUAUGAUGUCAACUUCAUUUUUGCAAUAUGGGAAAAAGUAUGCUAAAGUCUAGGCAUUUAUUGCUCCUCUUGCAAAUUUUUUCACUUCUUAAAUUUACUGGAGAAAAAAAAAAAAAGUUAUUCACAAUUCACAAAAUCUACUACUGAGUGUACAAUUUUCAGCGUGAUAUUAGCUGAGAUGAUGAAUGAUUUUGCAGCUUUUGUUAAUCCUAGUUGAAUGCUGACUUUCUGUUUGCA